UAUCAUACGUAUCACAAUCGCGUAAUUCAUUCGAUAAAAAUCACUCGAUAACGCGCGGAAAUGUUUUCCCGUCGUAUCAAUGCUGUUAUUGUGAGGGUGAAUUACAUGGUUUUCAUGAUCACCGCGUUUAAUGCUCCCUUUGGUUUUUGCCAAAACAUCGAGCAUCGGGACAAGCCGACCACUUCACGUUAUCAAGUGAAUUCUCAACUCAGUUGGAAUGACCUUCAUGAUUUCGAGAGCCCUAGGGAGCAAUUAAUUUGGGACACAAUUCUUUCCAACGAGCGGAAGCACUCAUCAGCCGCCCUAAAAACAUCUUCGACUCUUCCCCUUAACAAAUCGCCCAUUGACACUCUGACAAAUCACUUCGAUGAUUACUCGAAGGUUCCUGAUCAUAAUAUAAACUUCACACCGAGGAGAUCCAAUAAGCGACGAAAAAACGAUUAUCGAAAUCACAAAAAAUAUAAGCACCUGAGAGGUCGAAAAUAUUUCACCAAAAGUAGAACCAAUGAGCAAGAUGAAUCAUUAAGAAGAACUGAUGAAGAACUUAACAGAGACUACCGGAGAUCGAGGCCACACGAGAGGAGUCAAUCUGAAAGAUUAAAAUCUCGGAAUGAAGAAAAUUCUCUUCCUGCACUUUCAGCCGAGGAUUUUUCUCAAUUGUUCAAUAAUUCAAGAGUGAAUCGUUCUCACUGGGAUUUCUCAAACUCCUUGAAUCAGAAAAAAUUGGAGAGAAAUAUGGAGAUGAUACUGACGAGAAAUCUCGAGAAAGAAAUUAUGAAGAUGAGGCAGGAGCGGCCAUUUGCAUUGAUGAAAACUGAUGAGAAAAUUACGGAAUUAUCGCUUAGGAAAAAUGAAAUUCUGGAGCACGAGAAAGGGUCUGGGGAGAGUGGAGAGAUUAUCAACUCUCAUCGGGAGAAUACUCUUGCCGUCGACGAUAAUCAAUUGAAUAAUUACGAUCAAUUCAAGCGGUUGGAUUCUGAUAUUAAUGGGAGAAAUAUCGAUAGGAUCAAUUUAUCAGAUAAUUUUCCUCGUGAUACGGAGAGUGCUCCAGCUGGAAAUGACUCUGGAGGGGAUGGAAAAUUGUUGGGAGUUGGUAAUUUAGAGUCACUGGGCGACCUCUCCUGCAUGAAUGGAACCUUCGUACCUGCGCCUUACAUUCCCCAUGGAGUUAUUAAAUACGUGAAAUCAUCAAAACCAGAGCACGAGUACCUGGAAGCGGACUACGAGUGCAUCACUGGGUUCACAAUGUCGUCAAACAACACUCGCUUGCUGUGCAAAAACCGGGAAUGGCUAGGAGAGCAGCCAUUAUGCACGAGGAAACCUGAUGAAUUGUGUUUGCAUUUAGAAUGUGAGCACAUUUGUGCAGUAGACAAUGGCCUGGCCAAAUGCUCAUGCCACAAAGGCUUCAACCUCCUAGGCAAUAAAUGCAUCGAUGUGAACGAGUGCGAGAGGCAAAAUGGAAAUUGUCAAUAUAUGUGUGUCAAUAUUGUGGGGAGCUAUCGAUGCGAGUGCCCCAAAGGAAUGAAAUAUGGAGACGACAAGUUCACAUGUAUAGAUGUCGACGAGUGCUCGGAGAAUAAUGGUCGUGGAGCAUGUCAGGACAGGUGUCGUAAUACCGAGGGUGGAUAUAUUUGUUCUUGUGAGGGAUUGCCCGGUGGUGUUCUUUCGGCUGACAAUCACACCUGUCAGACAGCCGGGCAUUGCUCUGAUAACAAUGCUGGCUGCUCACAUACAUGUCUUUCCACUGCCGGCAGAAUUUUUUGCCUCUGUCCCGAUGGUUUUGUACUUCAGGACGACUGGAAAACGUGUCAAGACAUCGAUGAGUGCGCUGUUGCUGAGCUCCAGACUGAGGUAUGCAGAUACGGGUGCAUCAAUACUCCUGGCUCCUAUCGAUGUGCUGAUCCACUUGAGCUCAAGGAUCAACCGGACAUCGAGAAGUGGAGGAACGAAUGCCCCCGUGGAUAUCGGGCAUCUUCAAUGGUCACGUGCUUGGAUAUUAACGAAUGCCUGGACAACAAUGGCGGAUGCGAUGAAGUCUGCGAGAAUACAGAAGGUAGUUACUUCUGCGCGUGUAAUGGCGACGAGAAAAUGGUCUCAUCAGAUGGAAGAUCCUGCAUAGAGAUAAACGCUAUCUCCUGUCCACCGGUGAAUCCAGUUAAACGAGGUACUUUAAUAUGCUCACGGCAGGGAGACGACAAUACGUGGCAACCGUACAGAGCGGUUAAUCAGCCCGGCACUAAGUGCUAUUUGAAAUGUCCGCGGAAUUAUCAACUCCUUGGAGAAUAUCAGAUCACUUGCCACGGAAAUGGAGACUGGGAGGGACCACAAAACGCUGAUUGUGUCAAGUAUCCAAAGCCGCGCCUGGAAUGUCCAGAGGAUGUAAUUGCUGAGCUAUCUCCCGGUCAAAACGAGGUAUUCGUGAAAUUCAAUCAACCGUCAACGGAUUUAGACUGGUUUCGCAACGUAAAAUCAAAACCGUCUUGGGGGAAAAGACUUGAGGCGAAUCUCCAGCUGGGAUUGCACAUUGUUACUUUCUUCGCAAGACAUCCGGUAUCGAAGAAACAAUCAUCCUGCACUCUACGUAUUAUUGUUAAAGAGGGAGAGCCUCCAAAGGUCUAUAACUGUCCCGAAGGUGUCACAGGAAGAAAUGGAAGCAUCAUCACCUGGGACGAGCCUGUUUUCACGGAUAAUGUGAAAGUCACUCAGGUCACAAAUAAUCAGAGUCCAGAGCGGACCUUUGACAUUGGUCAAUGGAAAAUAACUUACAAUGCAAGCGAUGAUGCCGGCUGGUCAACACUCUGCAGCUUCACCGUCUCGAUACAUCAACAAUAAAAUUGCCAAUCAGAGGUAGAAGAAUCAAGGUACAACGUAGAUAUUAACAAAUUACCAGGAGCUUGAGGUGCACUCACGUUAUUUCACUUGCACUCAUUUAUUUUACCAAUUAUGAGAAUCUAAAUCCACUCUAGUCCAUUUUAUGUCAAGAAUUCCUUCAAAGAAUUCGUACCUUUCCACCAAUUUUUUAAAUAAUAAUAUUACGGUCGAGCAUUCUUGUGAGGCUUAUAGGAUCAUUUGUAAUAAUAAUGGUUAUAUAAUAAUGAUUUUGUCUAGUAAUUAAAGAGUCGAGGAAAAAAAUCCUGGGUCUUCAAAUUUGAAUAUCACAAAUCGCUUCACUUUCAGGAAGCUUAUACAUAAUUU